GUGGCAGAUCGAUAUGCCAAAGCUGAGCGCGUACCCGCCUCAUCUGCUCGCCGGCUACUUGGUCUGGCGGGUCCAAAGCCUAUUUGAAUUUGCGGCCUGCGCGCCACAGAUCAACGCGGUCCGACUUCUUUCUGACCCUUGCCCGCAAUGGGCGGACGAUUUGUGGCGGGGCGUUUUGCAAAAUGCGCUCUCUGGCCUGCGUGAUUCGACACUCGGCUUGCGUGCUCUUCAAUUUGACGACUGAUUGCGCUCGCCCGGCCGCCAUCACAUCACACUCACCAGCGCUCGACCUUGGAAGGAGAUCAUGCUUCGUCGUUGUGGACGUCAUCCCAUCAGAUUUUCACCUACACUGCGGAGAGGUGUGAUCACGCAAGGCGGACCUUUGAGGCGACUCCGUCCAUCUUUUCAUAACGAAUGCCGGAAUUGCAUCACGUUUGCUGAUUGCACAUCGUCCGAAGAAACUUCGAACGAGAGCUUCGUUGACUUGCGAGGCUUCGCAUGCCGUCUUGGCCCUGAAGCAGUCAAUGUCAGGGCGGCUGCCACCCACGACGAUGCCAGACAGUGCCACCUCAUAACAAGAAGAGCGCAUCAUGCGAUGAGCACAGGUGAUCCUGUGGAGUACGGAAUUCACACUGUAGUAGAGUGUCUCAUUGAGACGCCUGCCAUACUUGCUGUGCCACACAAUCGAUCCUCGCUGUCCGGUAUUGCCAGCCCAGUGCCUGUGAUCUGCGGGGCAUGCCAGCCGUGCACGCCACGCAAUCCUGCCGUCAGGGGAGCCUUGAAAAGUGCACAUGAGGCAUGCCGCGCAGAAGCGUCCCAAGUCCAACGAGCAUCUUGCAGUCUGUCUCACAUUUUCGCAAAUGUGACAGACGUCGGUCAUGCCCGGUGGCACAAGUUCUAGAAGCAACAUCAUGAAGACGUCUGAUUGAUUGAGCAGCACGACACGGCUAGUCGCGCAUCGUGCCACGAAUGUUCAUCUCAACUCACGCCGCACAUGAAAUUCUGGUUCGAAACGCCCGCACUCUAGACUCGUAUCCGCACCCGGACCGACACUUGUCCCUUGAACCUGGCAUUGCUUCGUGAAGUGCAGACUCAAACGCAUGGGUGUGAAGCACGAUGAGAAUCACGGCAUGGCGUGAUCAGUCUUGGAGAUUGCGUUGAACGGGGCAUGACAUCACACUACGUAUCUUUGAGCCUACAUGGGGCUCUUCUCGCCGCUUCGGUCCCGUUGCGCAGACCGACGUUCGGCCUUUCGCGCCCCCAUACUGGCUCACGCAUCAGCAAUAGAAGAGGAAGAUCUGGCAGUGCGAGGCAUGGCAAUCCAUCCGCCUUCUUUCCCGCUCGCAUUCGCGUGCUGCCCCCGUUCUCACUGCUGCUGCGUUUGGUUUGCUGCAAGAUGAUGGAUGGAGAGCCGCUGGCGGUAUGACGUGCGCAGUAUACCCACC